UACACUUCCUCCCCUUAAAAAUACGCACGCACACACAUAAGUGAAACCAAACAGGUUGAAACAGGGAAGUGAAGCUCGAUCUACUUCAAGAGUUCGUAAAUACAACGUAAGAUUUCACAACUUCGCCUAUGCAGUGAAACACAAUGGCUACAACCACCACAGCAAUUUUUGAUGCGCUUCAGGAGCUGCUGGAGUCAGAGUUCGAAGAAUUCAAAUGGCGCCUGAGUGACGGUGUGGAUUCAGACAUUACGUCUAUACCGCGAGGAAAGCUUCAGAAAGCUAACCGCCAUGAGGUUGUGGAUAUCAUGGUGCAGCAGUACGGUACUUCAAACGCUGGGACGAAUGCAGUCAAAGCACUACGCAGAAUUAAACAAAACGAACGUGCUAAAAAAUUGGAGAAAAACCUCCUGCAUGUGUAUUCAAUGGACUCAGGAGGAGCUGGUGCUGGUGCUGCCGUGGCUGGAGCGUCAUCUGCAGGGUCAGAUGGCAAUACACUUGACUUGAAAUGACUUGACUUGAAGAAGCUGAUGCUGGGGCUGAAGUGUCAUCCAGAGCUGGUGCUCAGACUCUGUUUUUCCAUUUUUCCACACUGGAAAAAAUCUGUUGGAUUAGUCGCACAGCAUAAUUGAUCUAUGUUCAAGUUUAUCCAAUUUAUGUUUGUUAAACAAGCUUGAUUUUUAUAUGUAAAAGUUUCAUAUGUUCACUUAAAGUUCUUAAAGAGUACAUUCCUCAAUAUUUUUAAGGGCUUAUUUUGGUUUAUGGAGUGUCCGACAACAAGUUUAUGUACAUACAUGAUGUAAAAAUACUAUUAUUUCGUAAUAAUAAGCAGUUUUUAUUACCUUACUUCUUGACUGACUCUCAAAUGAUUCGUUCCGCGAUUCAUCUGUGUAAUCUCCGCCUUUCCGCCAGCGUAGUCU